AUGUCAUCUAGGUCAGUCCCCUUCUUUGGCUCAAGCAGAGGGAACCACUGCAGUAGACCUAGCAGAGGUCUCAUAGCUCGACCUGGCUGUGGCCCUGAAAAUCAACUGGACAGCAUCUGCCGGAGACACCGUUACGGCCACACCGUGCCCCUGUCCGAUGGGGGCAAGGCCUUUUGCAUCAUCUACUCAGUCAUUGGCAUCCCCUUCACCCUCCUGUUCCUGACGGCUGUGGUCCAGCGCAUCACUGUGCACGUCACUCGCCGGCCCGUCCUCUACUUCCACCUCCGCUGGGGCUUCUCCAAGCAGGUGGUGGCCGCCGUCCACGCCGUGCUCCUUGGGUUUGUCACCGUGUCCUGUUUCUUCUUCGUCCCGGCAGCUGUCUUCUCUGUGCUGGAGGAUGACUGGAACUUCCUCGAAUCCUUUUAUUUCUGUUUUAUUUCCCUGAGCACCAUUGGCCUGGGGGAUUAUGUUCCUGGAGAAGGCUACAAUCAAAAAUUCAGAGAGCUCUAUAAGAUUGGGAUCACGUGUUACCUGAUACUUGGCCUGAUUGCCAUGCUGGUAGUUCUGGAAACCUUCUGUGAACUCCAUGAGCUGAAGAAAUUCAGAAAAAUGUUCUAUGUGAAGAAGGACAAGGACGAAGAUCAAGUGCACAUCAUAGAGCAUGACCAGCUGUCCUUCUCUUCCAUCACAGACCAAGCAGCUGGCAUGAAAGAGGAUCAGAAGCAGAGCGAGCCUUUUGUGGCCACUCCAUCAUCUGCCUGUGCGGAUGGCUCUGCAAACCAUUAGAUGUUAGGCUUUGCCGUGUCAGCCUAGGGUGCCAGGGUCAGGGCGUGAGGAGAGGGGACUGGAUUAUGUUCAUUUUUGUCAGAAUGUAAAAGCCAAGGUGAUACCAUUUUUAGAAAUAUCUUCUGUUUGCAAUAGUUUGAUAAGCAAAAAAAAAUGGAACAAAGGAAGUUUUGACCCUGGAGGGAUAUCUGAUAUGUGAAGAAAUGGGAUGUGCACCUAUAAUUCAUAUGUGACAAAAUUAACUAGACUUUAUAUAGGAGAAUACUUGAAGCGGUAUGCGGCUGUGAAUAAAAGCAGAUUUUAUACUUUUAAGUGGGGACUUUGGAGUUUGCAUUUAAAUCAUUUAGCUGAUGGCUAAAGAGCAACAUUUAUAUUUAAAAGCAAAGAAAAAGCAUAGACAUGUGUUUUAUAAAUAGAUUUAUGUGUACUGGUUUGCAUGUGCCCAUCCAAAAUGAUUAUUUUUGUAGAUUCUAAGUUAGACCUACUAUUUAUAAUGCAUAGGUAACCAUUAACUGUACAUAUAAAGUAUAAAUAUGUUUAUAUCCUGUACAUAUGGUGUAGGUCACCAGAUCCCAGUGAACUUCUCGCAUCAAGACUGUAGAUAUUUUUUUCUUUUGAUUUCUCUUUAUACUAAAGAAUCCAGAGUUGUUGCAAUAAAGUAAGGGGAACAAUAGACAUAAGAGUGAAUAACUAUAGUAUUCUGCUAUAAUAAAUGUUUCUACCCACUUGCCGUAGAAUGGUAUCAGAUGUCUAAAAUGUUGAUAAACACUUUUUUCAAAGUGGGUGAGUAAUAAAGAAUAGGAUUUGUGAAAAGGUUAAGACAUUUAUUUUGAUUUGCAGCCACCCGGUACUAAAGCACAGAACUUGAACAUAAAAUCCCCAAAUGAACAGAUUAUGUUGCAUUACUCUGAUAAUUUUAAGUUUAGAAAUAAAUAAAAAUCACAGCUGGUUGCAAUCC